GUGACGUCACCGGGCAGGGCGCGCCCACCUGCGGGCGGGGGAGGGGCCGGCGGCGCCGGAGAGGGACCUUGAGAGGUCACCGCCGGUCGCCCCUACCCCUACCUCCUCCCCGGGUCUAAUUCCAGCCCCUUUCCGCAGCCCUUACUCCGUUUUUCCUGUUCUCGUGACCUGGAAGCAGGGACGGGGUGGGGACGGGAUUCUCCGAGGGGCAGGAGGGGGCUACGGGAACCGAAAAGCGCCUCCCGUUCCCCCGCACACACACCCUCGGGGCUCCUCGGCAGGGAGCCUGUCCCCUGGACCCCAGUUCCAGCUGUGAGUUGAAGGAGGAGAGGCUCUGGGCUGGGAGAGCUUCCUGGCGGAGGUGUGGGAGGCAGGUUUGGGGGCAGCCUAGCCCACUGGGGCGUCCCUGGGAGGGCCCUGCUGCUCCUUCCCCCCGGCAGGGGAGGUGGCAGUUGGGUGCCGAGUUCUGGGUUUUGUCCAGGUGGCAACCUCUGGGCCAUCCGCAACCCGGCGCCUGUCUUGGAGGAGGGCGGUGCCCACGGAGGGGCAGGGGCUUUGGCCUCCCCUGAGGAGUGGCUCUGACCAGACCGGGAGGCAGGACGCUGCGUUUUGGUCCGAGCGCAUGUCCCGACUUGUGGCCCACUCUUGGGGACAAGUGCAUGUCCCGGUUUCCCCCUCGGCUCGGUCUCUCGGAGCUGGAGCGGGAAAGGAGCGAAGGGAUGAGGUUGAGGCUGGAAUUAUUUUCUUGGAAACACAGGGCUGCCCCGUGCAGCGCUGGUUAAAAUGACUGCGGUCCCCCUCAUGCCUGUCUCCCCGAACUGGUGGGCAGGAGGCCUUGAGGUUUGACGGAACCCCAGAGGUCAACCGUGUCAUCUUUUCAGCCCAAACACUUACAGGUGAUAUUAAUAAUCAGUCACGUGGGGGCUGUCAUCCCUCGGGUACCAACCAAAUGCAGGAAGCUGGAUGGACAUGUCUGUCCCAGCACUCGAUGAGCUGUGCCCGUCACCCUAUUUGCAUGCUAGAAAACAGGCCAGACAGUUCCCAACCGCGCAGGAAGCAACAGCUCCGCUGCCUCCAUACCCUCCCUCCCGCCCCGCUCUGCCCGCUCCACUCUCACCUCCCCUUCGCCCUGCCGGCUCCUGCGUGGGAAUCGCGGGCCCAGGUGAAGGCUCCUGUUCCCACACUCUUGAGUGGGCUCUGAGGGGACCCCACGGGCCUACGCGGUGCAGAGUACCUGGCUUGAAUCAGCCCCGGCUUUUGUCAGCCAUGUGAUCCCGGACAAGUCACUUCACCUGUUGGGGUCCCAAUGUCCCCAUUUAUAAAGAGAAGAAGAACAAUGGCGAUCCCACGGGGACUUUCUGAGGAUUUGGUGUUCUCCAUCGCCGUCUUCGGGCCCAUCGUCAACGAGGGCUACGUGAACACCGACAGCGGCCCCGAGCUGCGCUGCGUGUUCAACGGGAACGCGGGCGCCUGCCGCUUCGGCGUCGCGCUGGGCCUCGGAGCCUUCCUCGCCUGCGCCGCCUUCCUGCUGCUCGAUGUGCGCUUCCAGCAGAUCAGCAGCGUCCGCGACCGCCGGCGCGCGGUGUUGCUGGACCUGAGCUUCUCAGGACUCUGGUCCUUCCUGUGGUUCGUGGGCUUCUGCUUUCUCACCAAUCAGUGGCAGCGCACGGCGCCAGGGCCGGCCACGACGCAGGCGGGGGACGCGGCGCGGGCCGCCAUCGCCUUCAGCUUCUUCUCCAUCCUCAGCUGGGUGGCGCUCACCGUGAAGGCCCUGCAGCGGUUCCGCCUGGGCACCGACAUGUCACUCUUCGCCACCGAACAGCUGAGCACCGGGGCGAGCCAGGCCUACCCCGGCUAUCCGGUGGGCAGCGGCGUGGAGGGCACCGAGACCUACCAGAGUCCGCCCUUCACCGAGACCCUGGACACCAGCCCCAAAGGGUACCAGGUGCCCGCCUACUAGCGGCUGGCAGGCACAGACCAGAGCUCCAAGGCCACCCCACCAACGCAGGCCCCAGGGUCUCCAGGACCUCCCUAGGGUCCUUCCAGCUCAGCGUCAGGGACAGAGUGGGUAGCCGCUUUGGGCCAUCCGGGGCCAAGAGGGGGUGGACCCUCGCGUGUCUAGGCUGUCCCCUGCCAAGUUCCCCCAGUCCCUCAGCACCUGGCCCCAGGACUGAGGUCCUGAGAAGGGGAUAGCACUGCCCAGGACGUGUGUCCCUAGCCUGGAAUGGACUGGCCUGGGGAAGGCAUUCCCCUCUUGCGCCACACCUGCUCACUCGGGUGGGGGGUCCAGCUGCCCUCUACGAUCAGGUGCAGGGACUGCCCAGGACAAAGCGGGGGCAGGGGAAAGACACCACCCUCGCCCCGAGCCUGGGGAUCCUGGCCACUGUUCCCAUCUCAUGUCCCUGUGGGUAGUGACUGUCUCGUUUCUGUCAUGGUGGUGCGUCCCGUUCGGAGCCACUCUCCACUUUCUCUCACAGGCUCCUAGAACAGCCCGGCCCUGUCAGUGUUGUGAUCAUGGUCCAGUCUUCGGGUUUCACCUCCUAGUACUCCGCAAGCUGCUCCUCUGUCUGUGGCCCCGGCCCCUGCCCAGGUGUGGGUGGUUCUGGCCAGGAAGGCACAAGGUAGCUGUGGGCCAAGACACCAGCCCUGUCCCAGCCCUUCAGUAAGACCUUGCCAGAAAAGGAGAAGGAUGCCUGGGUGCCAGGCAAGACAAGCCCCUCAGCAGGAGAGAGGCCCAGAGGCUCCAGCUGGCCACCGUGCCCCACGAGAUGGCCCCUGUGUGGUUCCCUUUACUUUGGCUUCCUGGCCCAGUCCCUGCCUCUCCACCUGCACCCCGCUUCCUGGCCCAGUCCCAGGUUGGAGUCCCUCUGCGUAGCUGACUACUCAUGCAUUGCUCAAAGCUGGUUUUUCACAUUAAGUCAACACCAAACGUGGUUGCCACAUUUCAUCAGACAGACACCUCCCUCUGGAGAUGCAGUUGAGUGACAACCUUGUUACAUUGUAGCCUAGACCAAUUCUGUGUGGAUAUUUAAGUGAACAUGUUUACAAUUUUUGUAUAUAUCACUCUCUCCCUCUCCUGAAAGACCAGAGAUUGUGUAUUUUCAGUGUCCCAUGUUCCGACUGCACCUUCUUUACAAUAAAGACUGUAACUGAGCUGACUGUGA